AGCAGGGAAUUAGGGCGCAGAGAUAACGGUUCUGGAUCCUACAAUACGAAUAUUGAGCAGCCGAUGCCUUCCAGAAAUUACCCCCAAAGCAAUACAGAUACGCGAGGUAUAUUGCCUCGAAGCAUCGUAUUUCAGCCAGCGAAUUCGGCGACGGUAGCACGACCGAACAUUACUGGAAGCGAGCAGGGGUGUCAGCGGCAGCUUGGAGAGCGCAGGAAUCCGUUACCCCCGACAUUCCCGCCCUCUCCAAAUCCUAUGUCUGAUGGCUUCGGUUCGAAUAACGCGAGACAAGAAUUUGUACCUCAGGCUGCCCCUCACAAUUUAGACUUCAACUGCUUUGAUAGUGCAAUGGAAGCCUUCGCCUGUCGGGUCGUCCCCCACGGUUCGGACUUCAACGACGUUGGUAAUGUAAACGACGAAAUGCAGCUGUUCGCAUCUCAGGACGCAGUCGCUCUCGUGUCGGGCUUUGAAAAUUUUGGCAGUGCAAACUAUGAAAUGCAGCAGUUCGCAUCUCAAGGCGCGAAUCUCUAUGUUUCGGACAGUACAGCGUAA